CUCCGCCCUCCGGACCGGGCUUCCCACUCGUACUCCUCUUGAGAGCAUGACCUAUCCUCGGCCAGAGCCGGUAGGCUGACCUUCACCGCCGCAAUGUGUGGUCGUUUCCCGCAGGCGCAUCCGGCGCAGCAGUACAGAGCCGCCGUGGCACCUCAACUCCCACGGCGGCGCCGACCCCGCCAGACAAGAGGCUCUGAUACGUACCACGCUUCUCAUAAUGUAGCACCAAACUCAUAUGUACCUGUAGUAAGGCAUGUCCUUCCGAAGGAGGACACUUCUUCUCUGCAGAUUGAGAUGGACGAGGAAGAGCAGGAUGAGAAGGAGGAGGCAGGUAGUGCAAUUAUGCAGACGAUGCGGUGGGGCUUGCUUCCACCUCACCAGAAGCAGCUUCCAACUUUCAAAGAUACCAUGAACACUAUUAAUGCUCGAGACGAUACUCUAUUGUCGGGCUCGCCACUCUGGUCACGCCCAUUCAACAAAGGCCAGCGCUGCGUCGUCUUCGUACAGGGCUUCUACGAGUGGCUCAAGAAGACCAAAGGCUCAGGCGUGGAGCGCAUUCCUCACUUCAUCGGCAUGGAGCAAUCUGGAGUAGGAAGAAAGGACAGAGAGGGUAAAGAGAAGAUGAUGAUGCCAUUGGCAGGCCUCUGGGAGCGGUGUCGUCCAGAUGGCGAGAGCGAAGAGAGGUUCACCUUCACCAUCAUCACCACGGAAGUGUCUUCCCAGCUGGACUUCUUGCACGACAGACAACCUCUCAUUCUCCCCUCUGAAGAAGCCAUUGCUAUAUGGCUGGAUCCAAAUACCCCCUUGGCCGAGGUCAAGAAGCUGGUCAAGACGUAUAAUGGCAAGCUAGAAUUCUACAAGGUCCCCAAAGAGGUAGGCAAAGUAGGCAAUGAUAAUCCCAGCUUCUUGCUGCCAGUCGAGGAUCGCAAAGAUGGCCUCAUGGCUGCGUUUGGUCGAGCGCAAAAGUCCGGCAAGACCGAGACCAACGAGGGAAGCCGUGACAAGAAGGCGGCAGCCGACACAAAUUCCGAGACGAAUGCCCCUGCUCCGCAGGAAGGCGAGGUCGCUGGAGAAGAUGUUCGAAAGGGCAGGCUUAGAGAGGAAGGGGAAGGAGACGAUCAUGCGUUACUUGAGGUCACCAAACAAGAAGAAGAGAUCCAGCAAGCACAAGAGGAGGGGAAGGACAUUCCUCAUGACGAGCUGCUGGCUGCUACAAAAGCUGCAGAGUCCCACGAUACCCACACGUCUGCCACUGGCAAUGGGAGCAAGAAAGAAGGCAAGGACAGCUCUACAUCGAUGCCCCCCUCUUCGCGCUGGUCUCCGGACCCAUGGAACCCUCCAGUUUCCCCGGAUCGGCCCAACGGCGGAUACUCGACUCUGGACGAGCCUCACGGCGGCCUGAGCAAGUACGGCAGCGUAAAGAGGGAGGAAGGCCAUGGCUCUCCAUUCAAGCGGGAAGCUCCCGAGGUCAAGAUGGGAGAGGGGGCAUUGGAGAAUUCCUUCAAGAAGCAGAAGGUGAAGAAGGAGACGGAGGAGGAGCUGGGAUUGGGUGCCGAGGUCGAGGGGCGGCAUGAGAUUUCGCCUAGUGGCAUGGAACCUACCUCGCCGCCACGUCCGCAAGGUAGUGGUGCGCCCACUACUCCAUCCAAGAAGACUACCGAUGAUGCGAAGAAGGGCCACGCGAAUUCACCGAAGAAGCGCAAAGGUCAAGGCGAUAUUAGGAAUUUCUUUGCAAGUCCGUAGACCUUUUGGUCAUAUUGUCCUAUCUGCUACGUGUAUACCUCAUCAGCUCAAUGUACAGUACGAUUCUUUCCGCGGUAUCUUUGCCAGCCCCAUGAAGGACUAGCUCACGCCAAUGACUUGCCGAUCCUUUCACCGACCUUGACGAUGGUCUCCCUACCUCCUUGAGACGUCUUCAGCAGAUCAGCGUCCCACUGCACCUUGGCCUCAGGUGGGAAGACGGCAAUGCAGGUCGAGCCG